CGUGGGAAAUCGAACCCCGGAUUUAAGCGUGGAUUAACAUCAAUGAUCGUCCCCUUGUACUUAUCAGAGGUGGCGCCCUUUGAUAUCCGAGGAAGACUGGUAACUCUCAACGGUUGUUUCUUUGCUGGAGGACAGUUUGUGGCUGCUUUAAUUGAUGGGACAUUUUCUAAUGAUAAAAUGAAUGGAUGGAGGUUCAUGUUUGGAUUAGCAGCAAUUCCUUCCUUUACCCAGUUUUUCGGCUUCCUUAGAAUGCCAGAAUCUCCGCGAUGGCUGGUGGCUCGAGGCAAAUAUCAUGAGGCUUUAGAAGUUCUGAAACGUAUACGGGGACAAGUAGUCCAGGCUGAGAAAGAAUUCGAAUCAAUAAAAUCAAAUUGUUUGGAAACAGAGAGACAAAUGGAAGCUAAAGAUUCCACAUCGAUUUUUGUACACAUUUUUCAAAACCCUGCAGUCAAGCGUGCUCUAACUGUAGGCUGUCUCCUUCACCUUACUCAACAAUUUGUGGGCAUCAACACUGUCAUGUAUUAUAGCUCAUCUGUAAUAGAGAUGACUGGAGUGAGGAGUGAAUCUUCAGUCGUUUGGUUACCAACUGUGACUACUGCAAUUAACUUCUGUUGUUCCUUCUUGGGUUUGUUUUUAGUUGAAAAAAUUGGAAGAAGAUAUCUCACUCUUUUCAGUUUAGCAGGAGUUGCUACAAGUCUUGGAAUAAUGGCCAUUGGAUUUCAGCUAGCUAACACUCACUCUCCGCAGACAGAAAUCAGCGGUACCGAUGGGCCUAAUACACUGUGUUCUUCAUACAGCUCCUGUUCACAAUGUGUUAACAACCCUCGUUGCGGUUACUGCUUUCUGGACCUUCCAUUCGGACCAUUGAAUGGAAGCUGUUUGUUUUCUGAUCAAAUCAAUCCUCAUAUGUCAGUCACUGGUCAGUGUAACAACUCAGUGCUAGAAGUUCCUUUGACCUGGGCCUACGAAUGGUGUCCAUCAAAUUAUUCAUGGCUGAUCCUUUUUGGACUUAUACUUUACCUGUUGUGUUUUGCUUCUGGUAUGGGUUUUAUGUCUUGGACUGUGAAUUCACAGAUCUAUCCUUUCUGGGCCAGAAGUACAUGUAAUGCCACCGCAACAUCGGUAAACUGGCUUAGCAACCUUGUUGUUUCUUUGACGUUUCUGACACUUGUUGAAUUCCUCAAUAAAUAUGGACUGCUCUGGCUUUACAUGAGCUUCGCCAUUUUGGGUUGGAUCUACUUUUUUCUGAUGCUGCCAGAAACCAGAGGAAAACAGCUGGAGGAAGUGGAGGAUUUGUUUGCUCAUCCCUGGUGGCAAGAUGCAACAACAGCCGAUGAACCGAAAACAGUACAAUAUGUACAUAUUCGAGGCAUUAACCUAGCAACAAACGUUGAUGACCCGGAUUCUGGAGACGAAAGCUGACCCUCUAAUCUACAGACCUUUGUUUACUGAGGUUUUAGACUAGGAUUAUCGAGAAAAAAAGUAUCAGUAUUGAGACAAGUAACCAAGCCAUUGUAAGAGUUUAUAAUCCUUCUUAUUGUUUGUUAUGUAGGCUGAUUAAGAUACAAACACAAUUAUAUAUUACCCUCUUUCAAUGCCGCUUUUAGAUGAUUGUUUUUGAAGCAAUAUUUGGUAGGCUUUGUCAAAAAUUAAAAAAAAAAUCAGAAUCCGAAGAUUCGUUAUCACUUUAACAAUGCUUAUUUUAAUGUUUCUUGUCUAUAUACUCUUAGUAUUAAUUGAUUGGUUGAAUGAAUGAAAAUAUUUUCUGUUAGGUUAAUAAAAUUAAUCACAGCGAAAAAAUAGACUGGGGAAAGGGGAAGAGUAUGAUAAACUUCAAAAUUAACUAACUUCAGAAUGAACGAUGUCAUGCUCGGGUUGUAAGCAUAAUUAUUAAAAUAUCGAAAAGUACAAUACUCGAUCUAAGCUUAUGGAACCAAUGAAUGCACAGAUAUAUAUGAACAAAAUGAACAUUUGUAUAUUUAAACAGACUAAAACUUAUGCAUAUGAAUCUGUUUAUUGACAUUUAAAAAAUUUUGUUUCCAGUAAUAUUCCACAAAGAAGUAACACCAUUUAGUUAUUUUUCAUUCAUAUUCGAAAUUAAUCAAGUUAUUUUGCCUCGUUCAAAAUUACCACCAGUAGGAAAGAAAUGUAACUACACCUUAAAGAACACAAUUGUAUUUUAUCUUACUUACUAAUCUAAAAGAAGCAAAAGCAACAAUACUUUAAAUCAGUUACAGCGCUAUUUGCUCCUAAUCUUCCCUGAAAGGAGCAACCUACCAAAAACAACACUAUAGAUAAUGGAGAGCCACUUGCUUCUAUUUUACUAAAGGGGGAAAAAAACCCUGAAGAAAUGAAAAUGCUACUCUGAAGUUAAUUAAAAUAAUAACUUGUUUGUAUUUUAUUGCAUUUUGAUAUAGAUGUUUCUGCUGAAUAGAUCCAUUCAGAAACGUAAGUCAAAUAUUAGUUAUAUGAAGCAUUUUUUCUCAGAUUGGAUAACAAAUCUAUGAUAAGCCGACUGUUGCACGUUUGAGCAAUACCAGCUCUCAUAAAACAAAAAAUUAUUUUCAUGAUAUUUAGCUCACUUUUAUCAACUGACUACUCAUCACUUGCGCAAAGUGGAACUUUCUAAUACCGCCAUUUAUAAUCGACUAUCAUUUUUUUAUUACAAUGCUUUCCUACAUGAGAAAUUGGUUGAACAAUUUUCACCCACAACUACAACAAAUUUCUAUUUCAUAAGUGAUGAUAAAAAAAUAAUACUAAUGGGAUUAAUGUGUGAUAAACUUCGUGAAUAUUGGAACUCUAAUCCACAGUAUUUGGUUUAAUCACAAGAAGUAUUAUAUUUUUCAGAUUGUGAUUUUUUAAAAUAAAAUUUAAUUUAAGAAUGUAGAAAAUGAAUGAAUACUUAUAAAGUUUAGAAUUAAUGGAUGUUUAGCUAGUUCUUGAGAACUGUAUUUAUGAAUUUGUUGUAAGGAAUAAGUACAUAUGUAUUUAAUAGUUUCGUGUUUUUAUCUGCUGUUUUUUGUUUGUUUUGGCAAGUAUCAUUUUUUUCUCACAUUAUAGAGUACCAUCUGUGUGAAUAUUUUUUUUCCGUUUCUAUUGAAAUAUUGAGAACUAAUAAUAGAUGGCAGUAGUAAAUCUACCAUUUCACCCUCUUCUUGCUCGAUGAAAUAUCACGUCAAAUGUUAGAUGCAGAGACAAAUAUAACAUUUUGCAGAAAAUUGAGUCUGAGUUUAUAGAGCCUAAUGUCGUGUCACAUUCUUCAUCAGACUUUACAUGAUCAUGCAGCACUGUAGAGAAAAUCCAAAGAAGUUUGCAGUAAAGCUAAUAUUGUCACAUUUUUAUCUAUUGAAACAAUUAGCUGCAUAGAUCUUCAUUCAUUACAUAACAGUCUGAGAGAAACAUACUUGAAAUUUCACACAGUUGGAUUAACUAAUUUGAGAUUGUAUCAUAAACUGUGUCAUACUGAUAAUACUUGCUUCAUGAGCCGCUAUUGUUGUUUCUAUUGUAAUACUUAAAUUUAUAUAUAUAAUAUACGGUAAAUUCUGUGAAAUUUACCGAUAUGUUAGAAAGAAUUAAAAACAACGGGAAAGGACUUUAAAUAGAUAAUGUUGUGUGUAAGUUCUUUCCAUAAUUUUUUUAAAGAUAAAUGUAAAAACUUACUACCUAUGCCAAUCGAGUUUCACUAACGCUAAUACCAGAAUUAUUCGAAACUCAAGUAUAAGUAUUCAAGCUAAAUGAACAAACAAGCACGAGAAAAGGUAUUAAAUCAUAAAAGUUUAAACUAACUUAGAGUUAACUUUAGUUUAAAUGAGUAUUAACAUCAAAUGUACAAAAUUGUACUGUCUAAAAAUAUAGCCAAAAUUAGCUUAGCAUUAUUAUUUAAAGGUAUCUACAAUUUUUUUUGUGUAGUUUAGUGCAUGGGUUAGGCCUGUUUAACAACAACUAAUUACAGUACUCUGCUUUAAUUCAUGAGUUCAGAGCUGGCUGUCGUGUUUUUGGAUGCUAGUUAGACUGAGCAUAAGUAACAAUAAAGGUAAAAACAAACAAAUCUCUGUAAUAUAAAGUUGCUUUGCGUAUUUCACUCUAACCCUCAAACCUCUGUAACCGUAAAACGUGGAAACAAGUUACUUUUGGAAUUGAUGGCUAACGCAACAUUUACCAAUUAUUCUUUAUAGUAUUACCUAAGAAGUUUUCAUUCGUAGACUGUUUAAUUUUAUUGAUUCAGCCAGUUAGUGAUUCGAAUGGUGACUAUUGCAGAGAAAUACUCCUUAUGAUGUUCUCUAAGCAAACAAAAUAUCAGUGUUACAUUAUAUUUAGAGAACAGUUGAAUAAAUGCAUAUUGGUGUCAAUAUCUAUCUUAGAGUAAAAUAAAUGAUCAAUAUAUUUCGAGGUAUUUGUGUUUAUGUUGAACUUAAUAUAAUUACAAAAUGAAUAAUUAUUGUCAAUGUUCAGAAAUUU